CCCUGUGAUUAUCAGGCAGAUGAAACGAAUUACUAUCAAAUCAUACUCAGAAAUACUCAGACCCAUCUGGGUCCAGGGGCGAGGGGUCCCGGCCCGUUCGGAGGAUGCACAGUCACCACAGCGACAGUGCGGGGGGCGGCUGGUUGCCCUGCGCUGUCGCUGUGGUGACUGUGCGUCCUCUCGAGGAGGGCUCUGAGCACCGCCAUGAUGACGGGAUACGAUGGGGGGAGGAAGGAGAACCUCUCUCCCACAAUCCCCUCCGAACGGGCCGCCCCCAUCUCGUCCCCGUACCUGCUGCAGGCGGAGGUGCGAGGCCAGCACGGCGGGCAGGUGUACACCAUCAACUUGGAAUCGCGUUAUUUACUAAUCCAGGGAGUUCCUGCGCUGGGCGUCAUGAAGGAGUUAGUGGAGCAGUUUGCCUUGUACGGAGCCAUAGAAGAGUACCAUGCACUUGAUGAAUAUCCCGCAGAGCAGUUCACUGAAGUUUAUCUGAUAAAAUUCCAGAAUCUGCAAUGUGCCAGGGUGGCCAAGAAGAAGAUGGAUGAGCGCAGUUUCUUUGGGAGUUUGCUGCACGUGUGCUACGCUCCAGAAUUUGAAACAGUCCAAGAAACCAGGGAGAAGCUGCAGGACAGAAGGAAGUAUAUUGCAAAAGCAACAAAUCAAAGAGACUGCUUUCUGUUGAAGAAAACAGAGAGGCCUCGGAGGACCAAGUCUGAUUCUCAGUGGAGUACCCCAGGAUCACAUGCAGCCACUCACUGGGAUCCAUCCUGCUUUCCAGUUCCUCAUGGGUUGUCCCAAAACAUGGAAUAUCCUUCUGGCAAUCACAGUCAGGACCUUUUGGCUUUUCCCCACUGCGACAACCCCAGUGCUGAAACCUCUGGGAACUCCAGUCAAAGCUCAUCCCUAACUCAGAAGGCGCAUCCAGGAGGAUGUGCUGCACCAGUGCCUUUAAUUCAGCAAAGAACAGUUCCAGCUGAUAACGGCAUUGACAGGUUUAUGCCUCGUACAACUCACCUGCAGGAACGUAAGAGGAAGAGAGAAGAGGGUAACAAAUGUGCCCUCACUGAAACAAACGUGGACAGUACUGACAUCGUUAUUGGCCCACAGCUACCAGAAGUACCUCAGGUGGAUAUGGAUGAUGAUUCACUGAAUACAUCAGCUAUGCUGAUUCGAAAUAAGCUGAAAGAGGUAGCAGAGUCUGUUUCAAAUACAUCUGUGGAAAAGCCAGGCAGUAGUGCCACCAAGCCACUGGUAAAGCAGAGAAGAAGAAUAUAGGUACUGCUGGCAGCACCUUUUUUUGCAGGGGAUAUAACUUAAAAUACUUAGUUUUCUUUUAUAAAUUAAAAAAAAAGGUGUUUUAUAUUGCAUUUCCAAGCAAUUCCUUGUUGAAGACUGUACCAGGAUAAACUAAAGCAGUAUAAUACUGCAGCAACCUUGUCCCGUGUAUAUAAAAGAACUGCAAUUAGGUAAAGUAAUAAAAGCAAAUUCUAUUUAUUCCAUAGCUUGUACAGUAAAGGAAUAUUGAAACUUAA